UUACGACAAUUAAUUAAGGCAACUCAAACAUGAAGAUGCAUUUAAGUUAACGAAAAUUCUACGCGCCGUCACAGGUUCCUUGCUUUUUGUUAAUUAUUAAUGAGAUGUAUGAGAAAUGUUAUCAACAUUUCAGGCUGCACGGCUGAAUUUCAGUUUGCUAGGUAGGAAGAUUAGAGCUAAUUCAGAAAGCUCAGAGACGGAUGAGUCUAAAUUUGAUAUUGCUCAGCCUUCUAAACUAGUGGCAAAGGUUAUGUCAAAGCUUCAAAUUACAGGAUUUGGAAAUACUAGGGAAGAAAUGUGUGGAAAUAUUCAACCGAAUGGACGCGAUAAAACUUCUAUUAGUGAGGAUGUCACGGGACCUUAUUUGCCAUCAGCUUCAGAGGGAAAGUAUAGUCAUGUUCUUGAUGCCUAUCAUGAUUUCCAGAAUAUACUGAAGACAUCUUGUUUUACUCGAAGAACGUUUGCACCUGAAAAUGCACAAAUAGCGCCCACUGAUGUUGCAGAGGGUCCAAUAGCUAACUGCUCCAGAAAGUUUGAUGAAUGUUCUAAGGCAUUCAGAUCUCCUGAACAGUUGCCAAGAUCAUGUUUCGAAAACAACGAUAAAUAUCUCAAGUCACAGAUGGGAAAUUCAAAACUUUCAGCGAUGGAAGAUUCUUCUCGACAACAGUUAGAAAAUCAACAGUCACGGAAGUCAGGGGAGAGCACUAGAAGCAGCCAGGGAAAUUCACAGAAAUAUGAGAACGGGAUAAGCUUGACAGCACAUUGUGAAAUAUCUUGGGAAGACAUCAGCCUAAGGGAAGAAAUUGGACGAGGUGCAUAUGCCCUUGUGUAUCAUGGAAUCUGGAAAGGAUCGGAUGUUGCUGUAAAGGUUUAUUUUGGGAACCAAUGUGGUGAGACAACUUUGCUUGACUACAAAAAGGAGAUUGACAUAAUGAAAAGACUUAGACAUCCAAGCGUGCUAUUAUUUAUGGGAGCAGUAUGUUCCCAAGAAAAGCUUGCCAUUGUCACAGAGUAUUUACCCAGGGGAAGUCUUUUUAAAGCACUUCACAGGAAUAAUCAGCCGCUAGACCUCAAAAGGCGUCUUAGAAUGGCUCUUGACGUGGCUAGGGGUAUGAAUUACUUGCACCGACGAAACCCUCCAAUAGUACAUAGAGACCUGAAAUCUUCAAACCUGCUUGUGGAUAAAAGCUGGACUGUCAAGGUUGCAGAUUUUGGCCUUUCAAAACUGAAACAUGCUACCUUUUUAACAGCAAAUUCUGGACGAGGGACGCCUCAGUGGAUGGCUCCUGAAGUACUUAGAAAUGAACCUUCAACAGAGAAAUCUGAUGUCUUUAGUUUCGGUGUGAUCUUAUGGGAGCUAAUGACUGAAUCGAUUCCGUGGAAAAACCUUAAUCCCUUACAGGUUGUUGGAAUUGUUGGCUUCAUGGAUAGCAGACUGGACAUUCCACAAAAUCUUGAUUCCCGAGUUUCAGCUAUUAUACAUGAUUGUUGGCAAAGCAAACCAGAACUUCGUCCAUCAUUUGAAGACCUGAGCAGAAGAAUGACAGAAAUAAUUCUCUCAUUUGGAGGACUGACAUCUAGGAAGAACUCAGGGCUUUGAUAUCAAACACUGUUCGACAGGCAAAUCAAGAUGAAUAACCUAUAUAAAUACACAAGCGGAUAAAGUGAAUCACGAUGGAAAGCGCCUUUCGUUUUAAUUUAAUGGAGAGUAUGGAUUCAUAUAGCGGGCUCCAACUUGUUUCGAAUUGGGUGUAAUUGUUGUUGUUGUUGUUAAAUCUUUCUUUAUUGUUUUACAUUUCGCUUUAAAUUGAAGGAGUGUAUUACGAGCAUAAUGUAGUAUCCUUGUACAGGAAGAUGCUUUUGCUUAGUUUGCUGUUUUAGAAAUAAAUAUAAAUAAUUUGAGGCGUUC